GAAGUGGUCCGGCAACCGCGCGCCGGGCCCGGGCAGUGCCAGCUCCUGCUCCGGGCGCCCCGGGCCCGGGCGUCGCCAUGACCAGCGAACUGGACAUCUUCGUGGGGAACACGACCCUUAUCGACGAGGACGUGUAUCGCCUCUGGUUGGAUGGUUACUCAGUGAGCGACGCUGUGGCUCUGAGAGUGCGUUCGGGAAUCUUGGAGCAGACGGGGGCCACGGCGGCGGUGCUGCAGAGCGACACUAUGGACCAUUACCGCACCUUCCACAUGCUUGAGCGCCUGCUGCACGCGCCACCCAAGCUACUGCACCAACUCAUCUUCCAGAUUCCGCCCUCCCGGCAGGCGUUGCUAAUUGAGAGAUACUAUGCCUUUGAUGAGGCCUUUGUUCGAGAGGUCUUGGGCAAGAAGCUGUCCAAGGGCACCAAGAAAGACCUGGACGACAUCAGCACGAAAACAGGCAUCACUCUCAAGAGCUGUCGGAGACAGUUUGACAACUUUAAGCGAGUCUUCAAGGUGGUGGAGGAAAUGCGGGGCUCCCUGGUGGAUAACAUCCAGCAACACUUCCUCCUCUCCGACCGAUUGGCCAGGGACUAUGCAGCCAUCGUCUUCUUUGCCAACAACCGCUUUGAGACAGGGAAGAAAAAGCUACAGUAUCUGAGUUUCGGCGACUUUGCUUUCUGUGCUGAGCUCAUGAUCCAGAACUGGACUCUUGGAGCCGUUGGUGAGGCCCCCACUGACCCAGACUCCCAGGUGGACGAUAUGGAUGUGGACUUAGAUAAGGAGUUUCUCCAGGACUUGAAGGAACUCAAGGUGCUAGUGGCUGACAAGGACCUUCUGGACUUGCACAAGAGCCUGGUAUGCACUGCCCUCCGGGGAAAGCUCGGCGUCUUUUCUGAGAUGGAAGCCAACUUCAAGAACCUGUCUCGGGGGCUGGUGAAUGUGGCUGCCAAGUUGACCCACAAUAAGGAUGUCAGAGACCUGUUUGUGGACCUUGUUGAGAAGUUUGUGGAACCCUGCCGCUCUGACCACUGGCCACUAAAUGACGUGCGGCUCUUCCUGAAUCAGUAUUCAGCAUCUGUUCACUCCCUGGAUGGCUUCCGGCACCCAACCCUCUGGGAUCGGUACAUGGGCACCCUCCGUGGCUGCCUCCUGCGCCUCUAUCAUGACUGAGGCUCCUCUUCUAUCCUGAGCACACUGAAAAUAAAGUUGCCAUAAGUUUGAA